GCCACGAGAAUGAUGCCAGGCCUGAGCCUGGUCGACUCCUGCGCACCGAGGGCGCAGGGCGGAGGCAUGUGGCAGUGGGCUCCGACGGGGCCACCGAGAAGGAACAGGCCUCGCGGCAUGCCACCCAUAGCGAGGACGCAGAUGUGUAUGUGGAGGUGGACGGCAAGGGCCGCGGAGGUGACUCAGAAGUUGGCCGCAGCAGAGAUUUUACCAGGACGGAGACGCACGCCAGAGGCCUCUCGUCCAGGAAGCUGAUGGCUCAUGCUGCGACACGGAAGGAGCCGAACGCGACCAACGGCACAAAAGCGAACGGCACAAAAGCGAACGGCACAAAAGCGAACAGCAAGACGACGACCACCAAGCCGGACGCGGAGAAUGAGGAAGAGAGUACAGACGAUGACGAUCCGGUGCAGGACUGCGUCUACAAUGACUGGCAGAAGUGGUCCGAAUGCACCGAGACCUGCGGUGGAGGAUCCCGUCACAGGACGCGAACUGUCAAGACGGAGGCGGCCAAUGGUGGGCAGGAGUGCAAGCAAGACGAGAAGAAGCAAACGGAGGAUUGCCACACGCAGGAGUGUCCAGUCGACUGUGUCAUCAGCGACUGGCAGGAAUGGGGCAAGUGCGCGCCUGACUGCUCGGGCAAGCGGGCCCGCAGCCGAACCCUCAUCCAGCAAGCUACCCAUGGGGGUGAGGCAUGCGGCGAGACCAACGAGGAGGAGUCCUGCGAUGGAGUCUGCACAGACUGCGAGUAUCAGGACUGGGGCGCCUGGGCGGAGUGCUCCGCCACCUGCGGGGGCGGCACGCGGCCGAGGGCGCGGGAGGUGGCGGUGCCUGCCACCAACGGCGGCAAGGUCUGCCAGGGG